AUGUAUCAGCCAUCGGCAUUUCUACCUCGGUUUUCAAAGCCUCUUGUGAACCUCGCUAAACCUUCUUGUAUACAUUCAUCCUUCCGAUUCUGCAAUACCAGACCCAUGGCGACCAACGGCAGCGCGAGGGUCAGUGACUCACGGCCAGUCUUCUUUUUUGAUAUUGACAAUUGUUUCUUUGUUAAACAUCUUGACCUCAAUUCCUCAGAUGCCCACAUGCUGCACCAGAAGUACUACAAAGAGUACGGUCUCGCCAUCGAGGGCCUCACUCGUCACCACAAGAUCGACCCCCUCGCUUUCAACUACGAAGUUGAUGAUGCCCUCCCGCUGAAUACAAUUCUCAAGCCUGAUCCCAAGCUGCGCGAGCUGCUUGAGGACUUGGAUACCACGAAGGUGAAGCCUUGGUUGCUCACGAACGCCUACGUGAAUCACGGAAAGCGGGUCGUGAAGUUGCUCGGGAUUGAAGAUCUCUUCGAGGGCAUCACUUACUGUGACUAUGGGAAACUGCCGUUGGUUUGCAAACCGAGUCAGGACAUGUACGCCAAAGCGGAGAAGGAAGCCGGUGCGCCCAGCACAGAGUCAUGCUACUUCGUCGAUGACUCGCAUUUGAAUUGUGUUCAUGCAACUGCUCGAGGCUGGACAACAGCUCACCUCGUCGAGCCGGGGGUCCCCAUACCCUCCAAGCCAGCAUCGAAAUACGCAACUGUGCGCUUCAUAGGUGCCACUCACUUUGCGACCGGAGAAUGGAUAGGCCUCGAGUUGAAUGAAGCAACCGGAAAGAACGAUGGAUCAGUUCAAGGAGAGCGAUACUUCGAUUGUGAGCCAGGCUAUGGCAUGUUCGUUCGCCCAACAGUCGUUGGCAAAGUCAUCCCAAACCCUCUCCGGGAGAGUAAACAAACCACCAAACCCGCAACCACCGCUGCAGGCAGCAAAGCGCAGCCCCAAUCUGGCCUUGCUGCUGGUCUGAGGAAACAGACCGGAGCUCCGCCCGUCAAUACGAGGCGGCAGAGCGUCAAUGCAGCUUCUACGCCGACUCCAGCGCCCAGGGGUGCAGCCGCUCGAUCGUCGCUCCGAUCACCCACCAAAUCUCCAACCAAACAGCUCGUGAGCACAGCAGGCCAUGCAACACGCCCAUCAGUUGGAGCUACCUCUCGCACUUCCACAGUGGCACCCAAUCGACCCCGACUGGCCCCCGGUGCCAGAAGCUCCUUGGGACCUUCCGCAAAUCAACCAGUGGCGACCAGGGCUGCACGACCUUCGGUAUCUGGACCAGCUUCCCGGACGUCGCGACCAGGCUCCCAAAGUACAGUGGCCUCAUCAACGGGGGGCUUAUCGAAGCGCCCGUCAUUACGACAGAUUGGUACUACAAAAGCAUCAGAUGGAAGGGAAACUGGGAUGAGUGGACAGUCCGGAGAUCCAACCGACACCGAAUCGCCCGACACUGAAGGGGAGGGUGCACAGGAUGCUGCUCCUGCACAAAAAGGCCCUCGACAAUCGAUGACCGCCACGCGCCCCACAGGUUCGCGACCCGGGGCCCCGGCUCCUGCCCCUUCGCGACAAUCGCAGGCUGGCGCCUUAAACCGCGAGCUAGAGGAACUGAAUGCCAAGCUCAAGGUCAUGGAAAAGAAACGAUCCGACGAUCGAGAAAAGCUGAAGACACUUGAGCAGCUCCAGUCUGAACGUGACAAGUUUGAAACAAUCAUCCAGAAACUCCAGGCUAAAUACCAACCACAACAAAUGGAGAUCACAGAACUGCGCAAAAAGCUGAAGGAUACCGAGGCUCGUUACGAUGAUGUAGAGCGGAUGCAAGCUGAGCAUGAAUCACUCAUGGAAAUGGCUGCACUGGACCGUGAGAUGGCAGAAGAAACCGCCGAGGCAUUCAAGCAUGAAUGCGCAGCGCUACGUUCCAAGAUGGAUGAGUUGAACCUGGAGGUGGAGGUUCUCCGCGAGGAGAAUGAAGAAUUCAGCCAAGUCACAAGUCCUGAAGAACGGUCCAGCCAUGGAUGGCUCCAGAUGGAGAAGACCAACGAGCGUUUGCGCGAAGCGCUCAUUCGCUUGCGCGAUAUGACACAGCAACAAGAAUCAGAUCUCAAAGCCCAGAUCAAAGAGAUGGAGGAUGACCUUGAAGAGUAUUCGACCGUGAAAUCCGAGUACGAGGCAACCAAAGAAAAACUGCUGGCCGCCGAAACGAACGUCGACGAUCUCAAGCAGCAACUGGAGAGUGCACUAGGCGCCGAAGAAAUGAUUGAAGAAUUGGCAGACAAGAACAUGCGCUACCAAGAUGAAAUCAACGAGCUUAAGGCCGCUAUCGAAGAUUUGGAGUCUUUGAGGGAGAUCAGUGACGAGAUGGAAUACACCCAUAUCGAGACCGAAAAGCAACUCCAAGAAGAGAUUGACUAUCGAGAGGGUGUCUUCAGCGACCAAUGCCGAAAGAUAACCCAACAAGACGAGGUCAUUGUUGACCUUGAAUAUACGCUUAAUCGGUUCAGAGAACUGGUUUCCAACCUCCAGACAGACUUGGAAGACAUGCGCGCUACGAAACAACUCUCAGAGGCGGAGACCAUCGAAAACGAAGCGCGUCAACGCACAAUGCAGGAUUUGGCUACUAAACUACAGGCCAAUACGACAAAGUCUCAGGCCAGCUUCAUUGAUGUCGAAUUGAACCGCAUGGAGGCCGAGGAGGCCGCACAGCAACUUUCUAUGGUCAAGCUGUAUCUUCCUGAAUACUUUGAUGGUGAAGAUAACUCUAUUCAAGCCCUACUCCGAUUCAAGCGUGUUGGAUUCAAGGCGAAUGUCAUGCACACCACUCUACAAGACAAGGGCUCUGAACACUCCACCGUCCCGCAUGAAGAAGUUUUCCAGGCCCAAGAGGUUUUAGGAUGUCUGAUGUGGAUCUCAAAUGUGUGCACUCAGUUUGUGAACUAUGUCACGGCUUGUUCGCCUGAGCAAUUUGUGAACAUCAAGGUUGCCUUGUUUGAAAUGGAGCCAGUUGAACGUACCUUGAACUUUUGGAUCGAGACUGUGAAGAAGAACGAGGUCAAUCUUGCCAAGUUUGCAGUCGAGUUGCAGCGUUCUAUCGCUCUUCUUGCACACCUUGCGGAGACUCUUCUUCCCUCGAGCAUGGAGAAGUUUGCCGACGAACUAUGUUUACGAGCCAAAUUAUCCCAGUCUUACCUCGACCACGCCGCUACUGCUAUCACGCGCGUAAAUGCCAUCAUCAGCUCAAAGAUGGCUGCAGCGGAGGAGGGAGAUGAAGAGCCAUUGGUUGCUCUGAAGAAACUGAGCGCUUUCGACCCCCAGGCGCGUGGGUACAAGGUGUCCAUGGGCAAGAUUAGCCGAGCACUUGACGACCUGCGCUCGAGAUCACUGGCGCUAUCAAAGGAGUCCGAUGAACCCUUCAAAAAGGUCGAGCAGGAUACUCGACAUCUUCUGGACUUUGCUCGAAAGGUUGGCGAAAGCUUAGUUAUUCUCACUAGUGACGAGGGCCGUAUAGAGCCAUACAGCCCACAGGAAAUUUUGGACACCAUGUCACAGGCGGCCGUGCCUUUCGCCUCGUCCGAAAGCCCAGAAGACAGCAAUGACCCUGUCUUGUUGCUUUUUACAAAGUUGCGGGAAAUUGGCGAGCAGUUUGAAGAACUCGCUGCCAUCGCAUCAGAUCUAUCUCGCACAACAGAGUUUGAGAGAGGCGCGUUUCCUUGGAUUGCGCGCUCCGUGGAAUUGAAGUCCAACAAAAUGACUUCUCCCGAUGCCGACGAAGAAAUCCGCCAGCUGAAGAAUGAAAUCCACGAAGCCUCUGCCGCCCUCGGGGUAAAAGACAACACUCUUGAGGAACAAGGUCUCAAGAUCGAACACCUAGAGGCCCGGAUGAGAGAAGCAAGCAAGAAGGCUGCCAUGGUCAAGGAUCUCGAAACUAAGAUCGAGGAAAUCCAGGUUGUGACAGGCGAGCUUGAGUCCACGCUUGAUCAGCAUAGGAAAGAUCUCGCGGCCGCCGAAACCGAGCGAGAUGAAGUCAUGGCUCGUCUCGAACGAAUGAAGCGGAUGUCAGGGUCAGCGGGCUUGACCACCUCAGGCAAUGGCGUUGUUAUCGACAGCGAGGCCUCCCUGGCUGCCAUGCACGAGAACGAAAGUCUUCGCGCCGAGGUUGCCAGCUUGCAGGCAGCAGUGCGUUUCCUUCGCGAAGAGAAUCGCCGCUCGAACAUCCUCGACCCGUACUCGAUCCAGCGAUCUACGGAAAUGCACGCAUGGCUCGACGCACCGCUCACACGUGCCAAGCCUACUGCUGAGCAAGAGAAGGUCCAGCGUACUGCUCUCGAAAGCCGAGAUGUGAUGACUCACUUGCUCAAGCUGACCCGCGAUUCUCAUGUCACCGAUCUCAAAUCCACAAUGGCUGCCCCAUCCGGCGGUGAGGGUGACCAGAUCAACCGCGCCACCUGGCGCCCAUCCAAGACUCGCCUACGCUACCAGGUUCUUCAACAGCGUGAGAACUUUGAGCACUGGGCUGAGUGGCGUGACGAUAUUGUCAACCACGAACGUGAACAGGACCGUCUAGUCGCUGCCAAGCAGGAGCGUGCGAUGCGGGAUCGUGUGUCUAGACAUGCUCACAAAGGCUCGGUUGAAUUCCCCCAAGGCCUAGGCCACGGCAUGAUGGGCCGUGCCUGGCAGAUCCUGGGCAUGCAGAAGCACCGUAAAACUGGCUCUUUGAUCGCACCCGCGCCAGAUGGUGUUGAGAUCGUGUCUACGGACUGA